AUGAAUAAAUUUUGCAUAAUAACUAGAUCUUUAUUUAGACCUAGUCGUCAUAUAGGAGUGUCUAUUCCAAUACAGAGGUUUUUUUCGACCACAUCUCCUAGACUUUCUAAUUUACUUGGCGAAGUGACAAAAAUCGAUUCAGAACCAGAAUCACCAAUCACAACCAAUAGUAAAUCCACUAGUUCAUCAGAUGAUACAAAAGAUAUUUCCAAAAUCACUCCCGAAAAUGAUGAAGAAUUAAUUGAGUAUCAUGCGAAAAACGCUGAAUCCAAACAAUUCAAAAUUGAAAAUUACAUUCAUCCAUUAAAAUUACAAUUAUAUAAUGAAAAUGUAUCACAAUUUGGGUUUUUCAAAAAUGGACAAAUCAUGAAGCAUAAUGGUAAAAAAUUACGUUUCACAUUAACAUCACAAGAAAUUGAUAUUUUAGAACCAUCGAUUUAUUUAACCAGUUAUCGUAUCAAAUCAUCAAUGAAAAAAGCCACCAUUGUUAAUCGUAUGGUACGUAAAUUCAAUGUUAAAUUAGCCAUUAAUCAAUUACAUUUCAAUCAUAAGAAAAUAUCUACAGAAUUAGAACAAUUAUUGAAAAGAGGAUUAGAACAAGCUAAACAAUUAGAAUUAAAUGAAGAUGAAUUAUAUAUUGAUAGAUUAUGGGUUGGUAGUGAUGGUAAAUGGAGGAAAAGAUUAGAUCCAAAAGGUAGAGGUAGAAUGGGGAUUAUUGCUCAUAGAUAUGUUCAUUUGAAAUGUAUUUUGAAAACUAAUCAAACAAAAUUAAGAUUGGAUUGGGAAAAACAACAAAAAGAAUUGAAAAGUAAACCAAGAAUGUUUUUAAAUGAUGAACCUUUGAAUCUUAAAGUUAGACCAUGGUAUAAAUGGUAA